AUCGUUUAUUCAUCUUAUCCCUGGAAGCAAAUCCUAUAUGUCUAGUGUAUGUAAGCAUGCUAACCGGUAGUUAGCAGCAGGCCUUGCUCAGGGUUUGUUUUCUCCGCCAGCAGGCCUCUCUCAGCCGGCUACUAUAGCUAGCUAACAAGCUAACAGUCUCUCCUGUCGACGGGUUGAUAAAGCAAGCUAACAAGCUAACAGUUAUAACAAGACUUCCAGUUCCACCCUGCUGUAUGUGUGCUGUCUGCUCAGUGUUCCAUAGUCGCAGCCCUGCAUUCCAAAAAAGAAGACGAGUACUUCACCAUGAGCUCAGAAGAUGGUGAGAUGGAGAACCAGGCUGAGCUGGAGGAGAAGACAAGGCUCAUCAACCAGGUGUUGGAGCUUCAACACACUUUAGAGGACCUGUCUUCCAGAGUGGAUGGCGUCAAAGAGGAGAACCUGAAGCUGAAGUCGGAGAACCAGGUUCUGGGUCAGUACAUUGAGAACCUCAUGUCUGCCUCCAGUGUGUUCCAGACCACUGACACCAAGAGCAAACGGAAGUAAGGAGAACCUCUGAGAGGCCAGGGGGAGAACACCCAGCCUGAUGGAUUAUUCAAAGACAUUUGAAGGGCUUUGAAAUAAAGUCACUCAUGGAGACCAUCAAAAUGACUUUACAGGUGCAUCUGUACCACAGGCCACACUGAUAUCCAUCUGUACACAUGGGCCAGGCCAGACUACACAAAGUGAAGCCUCAGUGAAGGAACGUCCUACAGGCUACAUAGAACCCCACUUACACAAGUAACAUUAGCAUGAAGAAGGUCUGUUGCUAACAUGGAUAUGGCUAUCAUAGCAGUAAUGCCAGCUUUGCUUCAUCAUUAGUAGAAUGGCUAAGUGCUAACAGCUAACUAUGCACCCUUAGCCUACAGGGAGCUUUCCUUACUGGGAUAUUAAACAUUCUCCAUUAGGGCUGGACCAUAUGGAGAAAUCAAAUCACUAUAUUUCCGAUUUGAAUACCUCAAUAUUGAAGAUACUAUAUAUAUAUAUAUAUCUACCUUUAGUGCGUUCACAAAAUAUUUCAACAUGGGAAUUUUGAUAAAUAAUCAUCAGUAAUUCAGAUAUAAUGGGUAAUAGGUUAAAGCUAAUAAUAGAACAAAAAUACACCAAAAAGACAAUUGUUAAGUAUAACUAUAUCAGAAAUGUAUGUUACAAUCUAGUAAAUAAUAAAAAGAUAUUGAUACUA